UUCCGCAGGACUGCCAAGUUCAAGCCGCCAAGGCCAGGGCAUUGCCAGCAGCUGGGCUGAGCCCUGUUCUCCCUGCGUUCCCACUGCCCAGUGGCAACAGCUGUGAACGGCGGCAGGCUCAUAGCAGUGGAAGAACAAGGAAAAGACCUUUUAAAAAAAGAUACUAUAAUACAGAAGCUAGGCAAGGCGGCCCCGGCCUGUAACCCCAGCACUCUGGGAAGCAGAGGCGGGCGGGCGGAUCGCUUGAGCCCAGGAGUUUGAGACCAGCCUGGCCAACAUAGAAAGGCCUCGUCAAAAAGACAAAAGAGUAAAAUGAAUUUAAUAAAAUGAGGUUCAACUUUUACUCAUGUUUGUACCUAAUGACAAGCUCGUAAAACUGAAAAGUUCACUAUUGGCUCCUGCCCAUAGGCUCCAGGCCGAGUAGGGGCCGGGGCCUCCCUGCACUGCGGGGUCACGGGUGCCCCGGGACCACUCCCCGAGCGCCCUCCGACCCGCAUGCUCAGCGCAGCUCCGUUGGCGGCGCGCCACGGGCAGAGCGGGUUCAGCGGGGAACGGAAGCUCAGCGCGGAGACUGGGAUCCCGCAGGCUCACUCCGCAGGGCCGCGGCUCCUCUCUGUGCAGGUGCUGGGCCCGCAGGGGCGGGCGACGAGGUCCGCGCCGAGACCCAAGCGGGGAGAAAGCGAAGAGCGGAGGACGGGGCAGGCGCACCGGGAACCUCCGCCCCUACGCACGAGCCGAGAGUGCGGCGCUUGACACCUGCACUGCAAACGCCAGGCCGCAUCCCGAGCUCCCAAGCCGCGAAUACGCGCGCCCGCUCGUGACGUCAUCUUUUGCGGUCUCCCCGAGAGUCGGCAGCGGGCGCCGCCAUGAUGCGUUACGGAAGCCGAUAGUUCUUGCCCGGCGUCACCCCGUCGUUCCGGCUCUCGACGUUGCCACAGAGCUUCCGAGAGACGCGGCCGCCACCCAGAAGCGCUCUCGUUGGAAGCCCCGCUCGUGGGGCCCUGCUGCCUGCGCCGCCUCUGCCGCCCGCAGCCCGACGGGCGCCGCCAUGUUGGGGUCCUAGCCGGGGGCGUGUAGGUGUCUUCAUAAGAUGCCGGGGCUGCGGCGCGCGCUUUCCCCCAAGAUGGCGUCCAUGCGGGAGAGCGACACGGGCCUGUGGCUGCACAACAAGCUGGGGGCCACGGACGAACUGUGGGCGCCGCCCAGCAUCGCGUCCCUGCUGACGGCCGCGGUCAUCGACAACAUCCGUCUCUGCUUCCAUGGCCUCUCUUCGGCGGUGAAGCUCAAGUUGCUACUGGGGACGCUGCACCUCCCGCGCCGCACGGUGGACGAGAUGAAGGGCGCCCUGGUGGAGAUCAUCCAGCUCGCCAGCCUCGACUCGGACCCCUGGGUGCUCAUGGUCGCCGACAUCCUGAAGUCCUUUCCGGACACGGGCUCACUUAACCUGGAGCUCGAGGAGCAGAAUCCCAAUGUUCAGGAUAUUUUGGGAGAACUUAGAGAAAAGGUGGGCGAGUGUGAAGCGUCUGCCAUGCUGCCACUGGAGUGCCAGUACUUGAACAAAAACGCCCUGACAACCCUCGCGGGACCCCUCACGCCGCCGGUGAAGCAUUUUCAGUUGAAGCGGAAACCCAAGAGCGCCACGCUGCGGGCGGAGCUGCUGCAGAAGUCCACGGAGACCGCCCAGCAGCUGAAGCGGAGCGCCGGGGUGCCCUUCCACGCCAAGGGCCGGGGGCUGCUGCGGAAGAUGGACACCACCACCCCACUCAAAGGCAUCCCGAAGCAGGCACCCUUCAGAAGCCCCACGGCGCCCAGUGUCUUCAGCCCCACGGGGAACCGGACCCCCAUCCCGCCUUCCAGGACGCUGCUGAGGAAAGAACGGGGUGUGAAGCUGCUGGACAUCUCUGAGCUGGAUAUGGUCGGUGCUGGCCGAGAGGCGAAGAGGAGAAGGAAGACUCUCGAUGCGGAGGUGGUGGAGAAGCCAGCCAAGGAGGAAACCGUGGUGGAGAACGCCACCCCGGACUAUGCGGCCGGCCUGGUGUCCACACAGAAACUUGGGUCCCUGAACAGUGAGCCUGCGCUGCCCUCCACGAGCUACCUUCCCUCCACGCCCAGCGUGGUUCCCGCCUCCUCCUACAUCCCCAGCUCCGAGACGCCCCCAGCCCCCUCCUCCCGAGAAGCCAGCCGCCCACCAGAGGAGCCCAGCACCCCGAGCCCUACGCUGCCAGCGCAGUUCAAGCAGCGGGCACCCAUGUACAACAGCGGCCUGAGCCCUGCCACACCCACGCCUGCAGCGCCCACCUCGCCUCUGACACCCACCACACCUCCGGCUGUCGCUCCUACCACUCAGACACCCCCGGUUGCCAUGGUGGCCCCACAGACCCAGGCCUCUGCCCAGCAGCAGCCUAAGAAGAACCUGUCCCUCACGAGAGAGCAGAUGUUCGCUGCCCAGGAGAUGUUCAAGACAGCCAACAAAGUGACACGGCCCGAGAAGGCCCUCAUCCUGGGCUUCAUGGCCGGCUCCCGAGAGAACCCAUGCCAGGAGCAGGGGGACGUGAUCCAGAUCAAGCUGAGCGAGCACACGGAGGACCUGCCCAAGGCGGAUGGCCAGGGCAGCACCACCAUGCUGGUGGACACAGUGUUCGAGAUGAACUACGCCACGGGUCAGUGGACACGCUUCAAGAAGUACAAGCCCAUGACCAACGUGUCCUAGGGCCACCUGCCUCACAGCUGGCCCUCACUUGGGGGCUCCAAGGGACGAUGGCUUUGCCGGCUUAAAUUAACCAGACAGCGGACACCUGGCCCACGAGGUCCCCCAGCCACCGCCCUGCUGCUGACCCAGCCUGUUUUAAGUUCUGGAUGCAUUUCUCUGGGGUGUUUUGGGCUUAUUUUUAAAAUUUUAAUAUGGGUUCCUUUUUGUGUGAUUUAAGACACUUUUUGGACUCAACGUUCCAUUUUUGAAUGUAGUAAAUUAACCAAAAAAGUUACAACUUCCUAAUUUUAGUGACAGCUCUGCCUGUUAGACUCUUUUUAAAAUCUUUUCUAUUUUCCUCGCUGGGGCAGUGCCCUUGGCACGGUGGUACUGGGGGUGGGGCAGGGACACCUGACCACACCAGAGUGUGGGAGACGGCAGGCCUUGUCCCCUGCCAGUGCCUGCCUGGGAGUUUUGUAUUCAUCUUUUGUACAGUCGUGGACAUUUAAGACAGUAUUUGGGUACCUAUUUUCAUUGUAAAACUAUCUGAACCAUUAAAGUUUAGCUUUUCUAAAGAAAGCCA